GCUGGGACCUUUGUCCCCUUCCGCAUAAAACCGCAGAGAGUCACCGGGCGCCCAGUCGGAGAUGAAAAAUGGCUCCUCCGAGYACGAUCGCCUUGCUCUGCGCCUUGUUUUGUAAUGUAGCGUUCCUCGUGUACGGAGCGGAAGGGCACAGUGGUGCUGAGAUAGAAGUGACCACUCCUCUUGGACGGCUCAAAGGAACACAGACAAAUGUGAAGGGGACAAACAAGCUUGUAAAUGUUUUCCUUGGAAUUCCUUUUGCAAAAGCUCCUCUUGGAUCCCUGAGGUUUUCCGCACCUGAACCACCUGAACCCUGGACUGGUGUGAGAGAUGCAACUUCUUAUCCACCACUAUGUCCUCAAGAUCUGUCCAUGUUGAAAAUAGCUGAAAAAAACUUUAAAGAAAAGCACCUUGCAUUCCAGACUUCAGAGGACUGUCUGUAUCUCAGUGUCUACAGCCCUGCUGGCUCAAGCAAGAAGGACAAGUUACCUGUAAUGGUGUGGAUCCAUGGAGGCAAUUUUAUAUUUGGUGGUGCUGCUAGGUAUGAUGGCUCUGCACUGUCAGCCUACGAGAAUGUUGUGGUGGUAAUAAUUCAGUACAGACUGGGACUCCUUGGAUUCUUCAACACUGGUGAUGAACACGCCCCGGGGAACUGGGCCUUUUUGGAUCAAGUCGCAGCUCUCCGGUGGGUCCAAGGAAAUAUUGAGCACUUUGGUGGAGAUCCAGGAUCUGUCACUCUCUUUGGUAUAUCUGCAGGAUCUUGCUGUGUUUUUGCACAUGUGUUAUCUCCUUUGUCUAAGGGUCUCUUUCAUAAAGCCAUAGCAGAGAGUGGAAUUCUAAUUCCCCCUGGUAAAGAUUUACAUCUUUCAACAGAUCUUGAGAAAAUUGCCAAUAUCUUUAAGUGUGAUGCGAGCAGUUCCCUCUCCCUGCUGAACUGCUUGAGGAAGCAGGAAGCAGAGCAUAUCAUCUUUAACAGCAAGGAAAUMUCAUUUCUGCCCAUAGUUUUGGAUGGAGUAUUUCUUCAUAAGGCACCUGAAGAUAUAUUGGCUGGAAAAGAAUUCAAUGCAGUCCCAUUCAUGAUUGGAGUCACCAAYAAUGAAUUUGGCUGGAAUAUCAGAUCUACAUCAAAAAUGACAGGUUUGAGGGAAAUAGGAGACAGAAAAUCAAUUGCCUCAACKGUAGAGGUUUUUCUACCAAUGAUAGAUGUACCCUCAGAUUUUCUGCCCAUGAUCAUAGAUGAAUAUCUGGGAGACACAGAGGAUCCUGCAGAGCUACGGGACCGAUUCCUGGACCUGCURGGGGACAUAGCAAUUGUCAUGCCAGCCAUUAAAGCACUGAAUUAUCACAGGGAGUCUGGAGCUCCUACCUACUUCUUCGAGUUCCAGCACCGGCCCAGUUCAUACUGGGACAGCAAACCAGACUAUGUGAAGGCUGACCACGGGGAUGAAGUUGGCUUUGUCUUUGGAGGCCCAUUCCUGGAUAACAAUUCUGUGUUUGGUCUUUCAGGUGAAGUUACAGAGGAAGAGAAGAAGCUCAGCAGAACUCUUAUGAAGUACUGGGCRAACUUUGCUCGCAGCGGAAAUCCUAACGGAGAGGGUCUGGUCMAGUGGCCAUCUUAYAACCUAAAGGAAGAAUACUUGGAGAUAAAUCUACAACAAAAGAAAGCCAGCAAGUUGAAAGAAAAGAAGGUAGAAUUCUGGAAAAAAUUAAACCUGGAAAAGAAAAAUAAGAAAAGCAUGGAAAACAGGAAGUUUAAAUUGGAGUUAUAGUUUACAGUCUAAAGGUGCAUAUAAUAUGCAAACUAUUAGAAUAAUAAAAGGAAUUACUUCAAAUAAUUUUGAGGAUAAAGUUACAUUUCCCUCCUUUUCACCUUUUCUUCACAGUUGUUAUACAUGCAAUUAUUCACUGUAGUAAUUCCAGUUGAUCUCCCACUUGUUAAAUGCAGCUUUCCCAGUGCUCAGGUUUUUCUGUCACUCCCCCAUGACWGAAGCCAGAAUGCAGCAGCAACAUUGUUUUAAUAAAGUGAAAUCUAUGGCCACCCAACUUGUGAGUAAAACUCU